AUGGGUCCCGUACGAAAAAGUUCUUGCGGAGGCGCCGCUGAUGCUGUGGCCCUCAAUGCUCACACACAAAACUGGAGAGUGGUUGAAGGGGCCAAGGUAACGCACACAGUGGCGAAUGCGGUACGGCUAGGAAGUGAAUAUCUUUGGGACCGUGAAGCGAGUGAUCAGGCUGUUGCGAUGCUGCGGCGGUCUAAGGAUGAUGUUGAGAGCGCGGGAGGUUACUCUGGCUCGGUGCUGUGUACCGUCACCCCAACAGAUCAGCAAAGCGAAGCUGUCGUUUUUUUCAGAAUUAUGAGACUGCAUAGCACGCCCCUAUACCCGAAGGGAGGUCGUGGCUGUGUUUCUGUAAUCCUGAAUUGGGGUAUCCAGCAAGCAGACGCCAGUGGUGCAAAAAUAUUUCUCGAGUCGUCCCCUCAGGCUCACAGAUUGUAUACGAAAUAUGGAUGGCGAGACAUCGACCAGUCGAUGAUUAAUCUCGGUCAUUUUGGAGGUAAGGGGUUGUAUCCUUUGACCAUUAUGGUCCGAGACCCUGUUGCUGUCCAGCCUUGAUAUAAAUUGCUCCGUAGUUCUUGGAAAAUUCCAGUGAAAUCAAUUAAUGAGGCUGACUAGACUGAGGUAAGGGUAUCUGCGCAGACGCCAAUGAGAAUUUGUAGGUAGAAGACAUUAAAUCCUUCCUGCAUCUGAUAGCUGAGAUUAUUCAUUCUG